CCACCUCCUCGGCCGCCCUCCGCCCCUUCUUCCUCCUCUUUCUCCCGUUUCUCCCGAAGUUUCAGCUCCACCUCCCGAUCCUCUAAGGUUUGGACAAAUGGGGGAUCUGGCUGAGAUCUUUUUGACAACUUCUUACGCCAGCUAUGUGUGUGUGCCCAUGUCUAGUAAAAGAAGUUGGAUUGAAUGAAGCUGGACCAGUUCUAAAAAUAUAGGAUUAUAAUUGGCAAUAGCUUAGACGUAACAACAAUUGACUUUGCCACCUAGAAAAGGACGGACUUUUUUUUUAUGCCACUACGUGUUUGCUUCACAUGGAGUAUAUUAGAUGUGGGCAAGAUGCAGUUAGUUUUUCAUAUUGAAAUGCUAAUUUGCUAGAAUUGGUUAGUAGUAGCAAUUGCCACUACUAAUGAAAUGUUUUUUUUGUUCCAGUCAAAGAUUGUCACGUGGCCCAAUUAAAAAUCGUCACGUCAUUAAAUAAAAGAUCCACAAGUUUUGCCGUUAAUCGCGGGGUAUUUUUGUUAAUAGAAUUAACUUCGUGUGUUUUUUUGAACGGAUAAAUGGGCGGAGUGUAUUUUUUUGAACGGAUAGAUAGACGGAGGGUAUUUAUAAACCAUUUAGCAAACGAUAGGGAUAGUUUGACCCUUUUCAGAUAUUUCAUUAGUUUUGUCAGUACUUGGUUUAGGUAACUAGAUGUCCUCAUGUAUAUUUUAUUGGAGUAUAUUUUAUCGAAAAGUCCUUACUGCUUAAACAAAUGACUUCAUUUUGAUCGAUAUUUCAUAAAGUUAAUACUUAUAUACCUAAUGAUUCCAAAAGCUUAUUUCAUCAAUGAUUUAAGUUAUUGAAUGAGUCGGUAACUGGGUCCGAGUGACUUAUCUAUUCCCGGAAAAAAGCCCAAAGGUUCCAGAACCUUUUUAUUAUUGAAAAUACUUACCGUGAAUGUACAGUCGAAGCAGUUUUACUGUUUUAACCAUGAAUGUCACACUGGGGGCAAAGGUUGCAACGAACAUGUGCCAUUUGCCUUGGGAGUAUGAAACCUGGGAAUGGUCAGGCCAUAUUCACUGCUGAAUGCUCCCACUCCUUCCACUUCAGCUGCAUUGCCAACAGUGUUAAGCAUGGAAACUACCUCUGCCCUAUCUGCAGAUGCAAAUGGAAAGAGAUUCCUCUCAUGUCGUCCUUCAGUACUGAUGCAACCAUUAACAGUGCAGGACGGACUCGUGUCUCUCCACUUGAAGAUCAUUACCCUGACAAUGUUUCUCGUGUUCCACCACCGGUAUCUCUCCCCCUUCCUGAGCCCCUUCACUUCUCUGAUGAUGAACCUCUUCCCAGCAUUACCGUGGACCAGACCUCCUCCCCUUCCACUGUUCAUUCAGAGAGUGUAGUCUUGAGAGCUUUUCCAGAAUAUUCUGCAGUUGCGGCUUCCGAAGCUGUGUCAAGAUUUGCUGUUCUUGUUGGAGUAAGGGCACCCCCACUUGCUGAUGAUGCUCGGCACCGAGAGCGUGCGCGUAUUGACCUAGUCACAGUUCUAGAUGUUAGUGGCAGCAUGGCUGGAUCAAAAUUGUCACUCCUGAAGCAAGCAGUUUGUUUUGUCAUAGAUAACUUGGGGCCUUCUGACCGUCUAGCUAUUGUUACGUUUUCAUCCGGAGCUCAAAGAAACUUUCCCUUGCGAAGGAUGACAGAGCAAGGGCGUCGAGAGGCUGCACAGGCUGUCAAUGCCAUUUCAGCAAAUGGUGGGACAAAUAUCGUGGAAGGGCUCAAAAAGGGGGUCCGAGUUCUUGAAGAAAGGCGUGAAAGGAAUCCAGUUGCUAGCAUUGUUCUCUUGUCAGAUGGGAGAGACACCUAUAACGGGGAUAAUGCCAACCAACGGCAUAGUCCUAGGAACCGCAGAUCCUCAAAUGCAACAUCAGGCCCAGAAUAUCUGAAUCUAUUGCCUUCUUCCAUUUGUCCUCGCAAUAGAGAAGCACUAGCAGCAGACCAGCUUCCAACUUUUCAUGUGCAUACAUUUGGGUUUGGUUUAGACCAUGAUUCCUCUGCUAUGCAUGCUAUCUUAGAUGCAUCAGGUGGUACAUUUUCAUUCAUUGAGACUGUUGGUACUGUCCAAGAUGCCUUUGCAAUGUGUAUUGGUGGUCUCCUCAGUGUUGUAGCCCAGGAGCUAAAACUUACUGUUAGGUCAGCAUCUCGUGGAGUGGAUAUUGGAUCCAUCCCUUCAGGAAGAUAUACAAGUGAAAUUUCUGUACAGGGAAAGCAAGGUGUAAUAAACAUUGGGAACCUGUAUGCAGAUGAGGAAAAAGAAUUCCUUGUCUACUUGUCUGUUCCCUCAGCUGAAAUUGAAGGAAGCGCAACAAAGACAUCUCUGUUGCAAAUUACAUGUGGUUACAAAAAUGCCACAUCCGAAGAGAUGGUCAGUGUGGAGGGUGAGACAGUUGAGAUACGUAGGCCACCAGUACUGUCUCCUACAGAUGUGCUAGUAAGUCGUGAGGUUGAUAGACAGAUAAACAGGCUGGCGGUAGCAGAAACCAUUGCAGAGGCACAACAGAUGGCAGAAAUGGGAAAUCUUGAGGGUGCUCAAGCUGUUCUAGCUAAUAGAAGAUCCUCUCUUCUAUCUUCUGUAUCUGCGCAAGCAGGUGAUGCUCUUUGUAACUGGCUUGACACUGAACUCACCGAAAUCAGAGAGAGGAUGGCGAGCAGGGAACGCUAUGAACAAACAGGACGAGCCUAUGUUCUCUCGGGUUUGAGCUCACAUUCUUGGCAAAGAGCCACAACUAGAGGAGACACAACAACACAAAUAAUAUCGCAAGGUGGUAGCUCAAGCAAUAGUGGCGCCAUUGGCUAUGAGACUCCAUCUAUGAUCAACAUGGUCUCAAAGUCACAGAACCUAAGUCUUGCCAAUCGUGUUGAACAAGUUCCUCGUCCCAACAAGACAUGCAACUUAACUCCAAGAUCUUAGUAAACAUUUCUAACCCCAUUCGUUCUCAGCGUGAUAGGCAACUGAACAACAGCACUCUUCUCGUGAUAUAAUUCUGUGGUAUAUUUGACCCUACUAUACUUUUUUUUUUUGCUCCAUUUGUUUUUUCUUUUAGUUCUCCAUAGUUGAAUCAUUUUCAAAUUAGAUUCUUUUGGAUUGACGUCUCUACAUUUCGGAAUAAUAUGUUAGAGCUGAUAACCGUUUUUCUGCUGA